AUGGUUCGGUCCACGAUUCUCGCGACUACUGUCGCCCUAGGGGCACAGUUGGUUCAAGGCCAGUACAUCGAUGACCAGGUCUAUCCAUCUCCCAACGCAACCGGCGCCGGAGACUGGCACGCAGCCUUCCUCCGUGCAACCGCCGCAGUCGCCGAACUAAAUAUCACCGAAAAGGCCUUCUUAGUCACGGGCGUCACGGGCCCUUGCGUCGGAAACAUCGCCGCAAUCCCGCGCAUAGGCUUCAAUGGCCUCUGUCUCCAAGAUGGACCGCUCGCAAUUCGUCAAGCUAGUUAUGCGAGUGUCUUUCCUGCGGGAGUGUCAGUUGCAGCGACCUGGGAUAGGGAUUUGCUUUAUCAACGGGGUGUGGAGAUGGCGGCUGAGUUUAAGGGGAAGGGGGCGCAUGUUGCUCUUGGGCCCGUUGCUGGACCUCUCGGACGAUCUGCCCUCGGCGGAAGAAACUGGGAGGGCUUCUCGCCCGAUCCCUAUCUUACAGGCAUCUCCUUUGCCGAAACGAUCAAGGGGAUGCAAUCCCAGAAAGUCCAGGCAUGUGGAAAACACUACAUCGGCAACGAACAAGAAACCAAACGCAACCCUUCAACUUACCCCAAUGGUACAACGGAGCAAGAAGCCGUAUCCUCCAACAUCGAUGACCGCACCCUUCACGAAUUAUAUCUCUGGCCCUUCUACGAAGGCGUAAAAGCCGGCAUGGCAUCGAUUAUGUGCAGCUACAACCGUAUCAAUGAGACGUAUGCAUGCCAGAACAGCAAGACUCUCAACGGAAUACUCAAAGAAGAGCUCGGGUUUCAGGGCUAUGUUAUGUCUGACUGGGGCGGUACGCACUCGGGACUUGACUCAGCGCUGUCCGGGUUGGAUAUGGACAUGCCUGGUGCAAUCGAUUGGGUUGAUAGUGCUACGAACUCGUAUUUUGGGAACAAUCUGACCACGAUGAUUAACAAUGGCAGUCUUUCGGAGUGGAGACUUGAUGAUAUGGUUAAGCGCAUUCUGACGCCGUACUACUACCUCAAUCAGGAUUCGGAGGAUUAUCCAACCAUUGAUCUUGACGCUGCCCAAUUGUCGUAUGGAUUGUUUGGGGAUGAUUUGCCGAAUUUCUCGUAUUCUUUUAAUUUAGGAAAUUUGACGGAUAUCAACCGGGAUGUGAGAGGAAACCACCGUGACCUGAUUCGAGAGAUUGGCGGUGCGAGUGCUGUUCUUCUCAAAAACACCGACAAUACCCUCCCAUUAUCAAAGAACAUAAAACGCAUCUCGGUCUUUGGCAACGACGCAGCCGAUCUAUCCGGUGGGCCGUACGAUCCAUCAAACACCAACGGUGUGCUAGCGGUCGGUGGUGGAUCAGGGACAGGUCGAUUCACAAACCUCGUUUCACCGCUAGAGGCUAUCAAAUAUCGCAAUCCUCAAGCCUUGGUACAAUAUGUCACAGAUAACACACUCCUCACGCAAGAUACCUCCAGGACACUGGAUACCCUCUACCCUCCCGCGGAUGUGUGUCUCGUAUUCCUCAAAUCAUAUGCGACCGAAGGCUAUGACCGCACCACCUUGAUUGCAGAUGGCAACUCCACCGCUCUCGUCGAGGCUGUCACCAGCUACGGCGGCUGUCCCAGCACCGUCGUCAUCCUCCACUCAGUCGGCGCCAAUCUUCUGCCUUGGGCACACAAUGCCAACAUCACCGGUAUCAUCGCCGCUCAUCUCCCCGGCGAACAAGCCGGCAAUUCCAUCGUGGACGUGUUGUUUGGGGAUGUAAACCCAUCCGGCAAACUCCCCUACACAAUCGCCUACAACGAGAGUGACUACAACGCGCCCACUGUCAAUUUCACGGACGUCGACAACAGUGACGCGAAUAUCUGGCAGUCAAAUUUCACGGAAGGCUUGAUGAUCGACUAUCGCCAUUUCGAUUAUAAUAACAUCACCCCGCAGUAUGAGUUUGGCUAUGGAUUGUCGUAUACCAAUUUCUCGAUAUCGAAUCUGCUCGUUUCGGCGAAGGUCAGCAGUGGGAAAGUAUCAGCGGCUCCGCGACCUCUGGAUGGGGCCAUCGCGCCGCCGGGAGGGAACUCGGAUCUCUACACCGUGCUUGCGAGUGUUCAAGUCACCAUCCAGAAUACAGGUAAAGUCGCAGGUCGUGCCGUGCCACAGGUCUAUCUCUCCUUUCCUUCGGCUCAGACGAAUAUAUCUGAUAACGGGCUGCCGACUCCGGUAAAAGUGCUUCGCGGGUUCGAUAGGACCGACAUACUCAAACCAGGGCAUUCAGUUAAGCUGCGCUUUGAUCUGAGACGUAUGGAUGUUUCGUCGUGGGAUGUGGUGAGGCAGGAAUGGGUUAUUCCGUCGGGGACAUUCGGUGUGUUGGCUGGAUGGAGUAGUCGUCAUUUGCCGUUGAGUGGGAGUUUGAAGGUGCUGUAG